AUGGAAUACACCACCAAGACCCAGAUCUACCAGAAGGUGAAGAAGCCAAUGCUGGAACGUCAGCGACGUGCCCGCAUGAACAAGUGCCUGGACAACCUGAAAACACUUGUCGCCGAGCUGCGAGGUGAUGAUGGCAUCCUGCGCAUGGACAAGGCCGAGAUGCUCGAGUCAGCGGUGAUCUUCAUGCGCCAGCAAAAGACAACAAAGAAGGUGGCCCGGGAAGAGCAAGCCCUCCCCCUGGACAGCUUCAAGAGUGGCUACAUGAAUGCCGUCAACGAGGUGUCACGUGUCAUGGCCUCCACACCUGGCAUGAGCGUCGACCUGGGCAAAUCGGUGAUGACUCACCUGGGACGCGUCUACAAGAACCUGCAGCAGUUCCAUGAAGCACAGUCCGCCACCGACUUCCUCCAGAACUCAAUGGACUGCUCCUCAAUGGACAAGGCUCCGCUCAGCCCCGCCUCCUCCGGAUAUCACAGCGACUGCGACAGCCCCGCCCCCUCACCACAGCCCAUGCAGCAGCCCUUGUGGCGCCCCUGGUAA